AUGACGACGCGUCAGAUCACCACCAGUCGGCGCGUCUGCUCAGCCCUCUACCGACGAAGCUACAACAGUAUCGCACAGCAACAACAGCGGAUAACAGCGAGGAGAGUAGGAGGAGGAGGAGGAGGAGGAGGAGGAGGAGGCGGCGGCGGUGGUGGUGGCGGAAGGAGAAGAAGAUGGAUAUACACCAGGACGGGAGGUAGGCUGACAUUGGAGCGCCCCGUUCUCGGCCGUGACCUGGUAGAGAAGACCACGCCGGCGGCAAACCUCCCCGACGGUGCCACGCCACCGCGGGUGGCGGUGCUGGGCGGCGGGCUCACGGGCCUCACGACGGCAUACUACCUUGCCCAGGAGCUUCCUGCGGGGAGCCAGGUCGUCCUGUACGAGGCCGAGGACCGGCUGGGGGGUUGGGUGAGGUCGGAGAAGGUGCCGGUCGAGUACGAGGGGAGGCAGACGGAGGUGCUCUUUGAGCGGGGACCUAGGAUGGCAUCCAUGGCUGAGACGGGCGGUCGGCUGGACAGGAUGGUCAUGUAUGAUCUUCGAUGGAUCUACAACGACGGACGGCUGAUGCCCGUGCCGCCCUUCACCAGCCUGUCGCAGGUAUUCGAGAACACGGUGCUGUGGGAGACGUUGCCGACGGCGCUGUUCAACUACGUGCGCCGCGUGGUGCUGGGGAUGGGCGGGCCCCUCCCGUCGACCGACAUGUCGGUCGCGGACUGGAUCCGCUCCGUCUUCGGGAGUCGCAAGCUCGGCGAGACGCUGGCGUCGGCGACCCUGCAUGGCAUCUGGGGCGGGGACGUGCGUCGGCUGAGCGCGCUGAGCGCGGUGGGGCCCAUGUUCCACGCCGUGCGGGCGCAGGCGCCGCCGCAGGCGCUGCUGCGCGUCCCCGCGCGCGAGUUCCGCUUCAUGAACAACUUCGCCGCCGCCAGGCCCGAGGUCCUGCGCAUGUGGCAGAUGAUCGCCAGCCCGACCCUCAUGUUCGACCAGUUCGGGCUCGAGGCCCUGCCGCGCGCCCUGGCCGACAGCCUCUCCUCGGACGGGAGCGUCGACGUCCGGCUCGGCGCCCGCGUCUCCGGCCUCCGCCACGACGGCGCCAACGCCAAGAUCAGCGUCACCGCUGCCUCGGACGGGACCGAGGAGUCCUACGACAAGGUCAUCUCCACCCUGCCGGCGCACCAGCUCUCCCUCAUCACGCGGGACGAUCUGCCCACCCUGGCCGACCUGCACUCCGUCUCCAUCAUGACCGUCAACAUCUGGUAUCCGCAGGAGGACCUCGUCCCCGAAGGACUGGGCUACCUCAUCCCCGGGUCCGUGCCGGAGUCGGACAACCCCGAGCGCGCGUUGGGCGUCUUUUUCGACUCCCAUGUCGGCAUCGGACGUGCCCGCGUCAACAGCAGCAGCAGCAGCAGCAGCAGCAGCAACAACAACAAUGCUGACGGUGACAGCAACGGGAGAAGAAGAAAUCCUCUCCUGGAUCCCGAGUACGUUUCCGAGCCUGGCACGAAGCUCUUCGUCCUGAUGGGCGGACACUAUUACGACGGUGGCGGUGUCAGGAUCCCUUCCGAGGAGGAGGCCAUAGAGCAGGCCAAGACCCUCCUCGAGCGCCAGGUCGGCAUCCCGCGCGACACGCCCUGCCACGCCUCCGCCCGCCUGGCUCCGCGCUGCCUGCCCCAGCACAACGUCGGCCAUGCCGCCCGCAUGUCCCGCCUGAGCGGGGAGCUGGACGUCAGCUACGGCAACCGUCUCGCCGUGGCCGGCGGCUCCUUCACCAAGCCCGGGGUCGCUGCCGCCCUACGCGCCGGCUGGGACGUAGCCGAUGCCGUGGCGUCGCAUGAUUUCCUGUCCAACGGUCUGGAGGACUCGCUCGAGGAGGUGACGCUCCGUCCGCCUACCGUUGACGUCCCAAAGGUGGGAGUCUUUGGGACGAGUGGGAUGAGGAGGUGA